UGCACUGUAAUCGUCAGCCCCCUUGCCGGAGCACAGCCCGUUACUGUCUCUUUAAAACACUUCGUGUCAGUAGAAAGUUGUUGAGUCAAGCGAACAGCGCAGCUCCAAAUAAAGUUGGUUCGGGUUAACUUGCUGGAAAGCAAAACAAAAACAAACAAACAGACAUGUCUGCAGGUCCGGCUUCAUCCCCCGCUCCCGGUGCCCCUGGCACAGCCCCGGCAUCCGGGAACAACCGGCGCCUCCAUCAGACCCAGGCCCAGGUGAACGAGGUAGUGGACAUCAUGCGUGUGAACGUGGACAAAGUCCUGGAGCGAGACCAGAAGCUGUCCGAGCUGGACGACCGUGCGGACGCACUGCAGGCCGGGGCCUCCCAGUUCGAGACCAGCGCGGCCAGGCUGAAGAGAAAGUACUGGUGGAAGAACUGCAAGAUGUGGGCUAUACUGAUAGCUGUUGUCCUGGUUAUCAUCAUUAUCAUUAUAAUUUGGAGCCAGGUGUAGGGAGCGUGCCUGGAGGAACGAAGAGAGAGAGGAGGAGAAAGUGACCACGACUUCCAGCACCAAAAUCCUUCUGACUACUGUAUUCCAGAGCCCGUGGUUUUGUAAAAAAAAAAAUGAUCUGAACAGGUUUUUAAAAAAAAAUCAUUAUUAUUAUUAUUAGUAUUAUUAUUUUGGUGAUUUAUUGUUCUUUUUGAAUGUAAAACAGUCUAUAAACCUGAGUGGGGGAGACAUUGGGUUAAGCACAGAGUGGAUUAGUCACACAGUAUAUUCCACCAGCUGUUAAUAAGAGCCACACUCCUCCUCCAGCGGCUGCCUGCCUGCCUGGUAGAGCAGGAAGGAAAAGCAAGGGAUAGAAGACCCGUGGAGCUCAGUGUGGCGUCUGUUUCCAUGCCAUGGUGGUUCAGCUUUCUUUUAUUUUUUUUUUAAUUUCAAAAUUGUUCCCGAGUUAACUUGCCAAAAAACACAGCCGCUGUGCCCCAAGCUCCCUGUCCGCCUGUACCUCUGUGAUUACCCCUUGCCUUACCCUGCGUGGAAGAUUGCUUCAGAGAACGAGGGAUUUACAAUGCAGACUGUUUAUAUAUGAAAUGUCAAGCGCGGGCCUGUGUGUGUUCCUUUCAAUCGCACUGCCAACGAAAACGCCACUGCAGUGGAACUGAAGAAAACACAGCCUUUCUAUUUAACAAAGCUGGCAUACGCAGAGGCACACGUACCCGUAACAUUUGAACGGUUUGCCAGAGUAUGCAUUGUUUUUAGUAGUGAGACAUGACUCCACCGUGCCUUAAUACUGUGUGUGUAUAUAGAUAUUUCUUUUUUUUUAACCUUAAAACAUUAAAGAUCCUCUCGUGUAGAGGGGGGGGAGGGGGAGGGCAUUGCCAGUAUUGUGCAGCGCAGCGGCUGCAGUAGGAAAUGAAGGAGUGGGGCUGGCCUGCGGGAGUCUGGUUAUAAAACCUGUUGAAUUGAAUGUAAUUGCAGUGUGCAUUGCUACAGUAUAUAACACUUUGUACUCUAUACUCUAAAAGCAGAACUAAAACCACCUUACUGUACUUAAAAAGACCUUCAAUGCCUGUGUUGUGUUGCCCGGGCAGUUUAACAUUGUUUCUCGCUGUGGCUUACUUCACUGUUUGACUAGCUCCCUGUAUAUUGCACAGUAUACACACACCAGUGCCUAAAGAAGUGUUGUUUUUUUAAAGCUGCUGUUUAAUUUCAUGUAAUUUUUCUGUGAUCUCCAGAACGGUCUUUCUAUAAUGAAACAAAGUGGCAAAAGACACACAGUAAUGCGAGCCCAGGUCUGUGCCUGGUCAUUCACACAAUGUGCCUGUAUGUGAUUGUGGGUUUGUGUUUUAUAAACCAGUGCAAUUACUAAACGACCUAGCCUUACAACUCCUACGCUUUGGAGAUGCCUGUAUUGUUGCAAGUUUAAUAAAAAAAUGAUUUCACGA